CUGCACACUGCUGCUGGUGUCAGCUUUUAAUGCUCACGGCAUCUACCCGAAGCCAGAGGCGAGCACCGGGAGUUUCACCUCAGCGUGAAGAACUUCUUCGGGGGGGGCAGAGCCCUGGCACAGGCUGCCCAGGGAGGUCGUGGAGUCUCCCUGUCCGGAGACAUUCCCAACCCACCCGGACGCGUUCCUGUGUCAGCUGCUCCAGGAUUUAAACUGUCUCGUAAGAAAUAGUACCUGCAUGGAGUCGAGCUGGCUGAAGCUUCGAGAUUGGACUCCUUCUGCUCCAAGCAGUCUUCAUGUCUCUUCUCAUGUUUUCCAUCAGGUGGAUGGAAAACUGCUCCCUGUGCUUCAGAUAGAAUGGAAAGUGGCCACUGAUGCCAGCAUCCGCUGUCUGGAAGGGGCAGAGCUCGCCGUGCUGCAGGUGAACAGCAAUCAACAGGUCUGUGCCCAGUUUGACUUCCAGAACAAUUUGCCUCUUCAGGUCCGUCCGGAUGGAGGCCGGUGGAAUUUCACUUUUGACCGUUUUGAAGUGGAACCUGGCCAGACUUACCAAGUGACUGUCUACCACCUGCCCAAGCUGGGUGUAAAUGGAGACUACAACUGCAAGUCCACGUCUUUCACAGUGCCUGACUGCAGCGAUUCUCUGAUGAAAAAAACCAUUCCAUGUAUAAAGACAGGCAGCUCAUGGGAACCCGGGAUCCAGGGUAAAAGUCUAGAUGAUACAACUCUGCUCGUGAGCUUCACCCCAUGGAUGGAGCCAGCCCGAUACCACAUUCAUGUGGCCAGUUACCUGCAUGAGAAGAAGUGUAAAAUGAUCACACAUGAUUUCACUGAGGGUGGACUACAAGAGCAAGUGAAUGUCACAAUCAAAAUAGAGAAGAACAUAAAAGCUUGCUGCAGCUACAAAAUACAGAUUCAGCCAUUCUUUGCAAACUGUGGCACAGACUGUCUGAGACACUCUGCUUUCAUCCCAUGUCCACCAGCUCCAAGUGCAGACCCAUCAGGUGAUAUGUUUAUAUGGCUCUACUGGUGUAUCACUGGGAUCUGUGUGUUACUGGUGGGAUCAGUCAUAGCAGGUGUGGUGUGUAUGACUAAAAAACGAGCAGGACGCCGACGAGGGAAAACCAACCACAGUGAUUUGCAAACUGCACCAUAUACCGACCUCUCCCUGCCGCCCUUGAAGCCCCGGAAGGUUUGGAUUGUGUACUCUGCUGACCACCUGCUGUACGUGGACGUGGUGCUGAAGUUUGCUGAGUUCCUGAUGACAGUCUGUGGCACUGCUGUAGCCUUAGACCUGCUAGAAGAUCAUCAGAUCUCGGAGUUAGGGCCGUUGCCCUGGCUUACUCGGCAGAAGAAGGAAAUGGAAGACCUGUCUUCAAAGAUCAUUAUCUUGUGUUCUCGGGGCACCCAGGCCAAAUGGCAAGCCAUGCUUGGGAGUGAGCCUGUGUGUCUCAAGCAAGAUCAGCAGAAGCCAAUGGGAGACCUGUUCACCCCAGCCUUGAAUUUGAUCCUGCCAGAUUUCAAGAAGCCAGCCUGCUUUGGGAUGUACAUAGUCUGCUACUUUGAGGGAAUAAGCAGUGAGAAAGAUAUACCUGAUCUGUUCAAUGUCACAUCCAGGUACCAGCUGAUGGACAAGUUUGAGGAUAUUUAUUUUCGGAUUCAGGAUUUGGAGAAGUUUGAACCUGGACGGAUCCAUCGAAUCCAGGAAAUCACGGCUGAAAAUUAUGUCGAUACCCCCAGUGGGAGGAAGUUGAAAGAGGCCAUACAGAAGUUCAAGAACUGGCAGACUGAGCACCCGGACUGGUUUGAGAGGGAAACCAUCUGCUUGGAUAAUGAUGAAGAAUUGCAUUCCCUAAACAGAGAGAGCCAGGUGGAUUCAUUGCUGAGUGAAUCGAGUGGGAUCGUGAAACACCAGCUGCACCUGCGUGAGCCUGACCCCAACUGCUGUUAUGUCAUCAACCUCCACAUGCAUGAAGGUGAAAAUACAGGCUGUAAACUGCAGCCUCAACUUAAUCCAUGUGGGGAUCCAGCUUCUCAGACUGUGGUCCUUCCUGUGGAUGAGGCUCCUCUAGUUCAAGUAGUGGAGCCAGUCUCUCCCGUGGAAGACAGAAAUGUACUUAGUCAUCAUGUGCUGAGUAAUGAGGACUGUAUGGAAGGAGUUCCUCUUCUGGAGACAAGCUUUCCAAUGAGGAAUAACGUCAUCCUCCACGAUGACUCUGACGUUUCAGCAGUAGCUGACCACAGUCCUGCCAACCUCUCAGGUGAACUGAGGGACCAUCUGAAUGGGUUUAUGUACCCUCUUUAUCAACAGAGUGUCGUUCCUUCAGAGCUGUAUCUCUGCCAGGAGGAGGCUGACGGGCAGCACCAGUUGGUCUUUGAUGACCAGUGCAAAGACCAAAGACAGUCAGUGCAGUCAGACCAGGGCUACAUCUCUAGAUGUUCUCCUCUGCCUCCUGAUGACCUCGUAGAGGAGGAGGAGGAAGAGGAGGAGGAGGAUCAAGAAAAACAGGUAGUCUCCCAUGAACUCUCUCCAGAGGUCUUGAACAGUCUAAGGAGCCUCCAGAAGCAGCUGUUUUUCCAGGACAUUCAGAGGAGCUCUAACUGGAGCUAUCCAGCUGAGGUGAUGGACACUGACCAAUCUCUGGAGGACUGUUAGGUUCUGUCUGGGACCUGCUCCAUUUGAAAUACAGAGGUGGAAGGUGGUCCCGUGCAGAAUACUGAAACUGCAUUUCCAACACCAUCCUUGUCCUUGUAUUGUAAAUGACUUAGCAGUGGGAUCUGUCUGCUGGUGGGAUGCAGGGUUGCCCAGCAGACUGGUGAUGUUGCUUCCAGUCUCUGUGGGGAGAAGCAAUGAAUAUUGCUCACCUCUGUGAAAGAACAGGCAGUAGCUCUGUUCCUUGGGGAAAGGCAUUAAAUUGAAUCCUCACUGAUAGAUGGCAGAAAAAUUACUGUGGCUUAUCCACUCGUGCCUUCAAAAUGCCCUCCAGCUGAACUGAUUCUAUUGCACUGGAUAAAAGUCAUGGCCAGGGUUUGGAAAAUAGAUUUAGAUGGCAUGGCAAAGUGUGCAUUGCCAUUUCCAUACAUAUUUUAAAUGUUUUGUUGUAAAUACUGUGUCAAAGAUGUGUGCCUUAAAUCUCAGCUAGAUUAGUGCUGUUUCUACCUGUUGAUUCAUAUGCCUGAAGACUUUUCUUUUGCCACUCAUCCAUUAAUUUGCAGCUGCAUUUCCAUGGUCAUUCAGAAAUCAAGUGGAGUAACUGAGCAGUAGGUGGGAUAAACUUUUAAAUUGUGAGUCUUCAUAACUCUGCCUGCCUCCCUGCUGGGAGGUAUGGGCUUGAAAACUAGCAAUAGCAGGAAGGGGGAAAAGGGAGAUAAAGGACCAAAAAAUGGAAUUUGGAGUUGUUGCACAAUUUUAAGAAAAAUCCGGGGCUAAAUAGAGAAUCUUUGAAUUGGAAAUCUGCUGUAUCCUGCUACACAGUGCUGCAGUGCCGUUUGCUUUUGGGUGUCUUGGCACCGGGGAGAUGUGAACUGAAGAUGUAGGUAGUGGCACACAAUUAAAGAAAUGAAAGACUACUUUGGAGGAGAAAAAAGCUCAGCUUCAGCAGACACUGUUUUAGAGCGGAGGUUAUAUCUGAGUUAUGGGAGGCUGAGUGGAAAUGACUGUAACAUGUACUUGUGUGGGUAUAAACUCAAACACAGGUAGUUCAGGUUAACCAUAAUGAAAUACUGAAUAGACCAAGGGGUUCAUCCUCCAGGAGCAGUGAUGGUAACUCUGUCAGUUCCAGUGUUUUUUAAAAAUGGGGCUGAAUGCACUAGAAAAAAAUUGUUACCUGUGAGUAAUGGCACAUUGGCCCUUGUAGCACUGGCUGGGUAGCAGACUAGCUGAGGUUGGCAUUUACCCUGUUUCUUAUCACUGUUUCUGCAGCCCAGUGGACAACAGCCUGUGAGAUAUAAAUACACCCAGGUCUUUCUCCUGUGCCUUCAGACAAGCUUGUCGUCUUCCUGUCCUUCAAAGUUUACUUGUCAAAAAAUCUUAGGAUAAUUUUAUUUCAGCUUUUUAAAAGUCUGAUGUCUCAGAGAAUAAUCUAGUUUGUGACUUGCAAUGAAUAUUUUAUUAUGUAUAUUUUAUAAUUUUGUGAAUUGUGGGGGUUUUCCUUAAAUUAAAAACCAAGAAUACCUUUUGAAUAUAUUUACUUAAAGAGUUCUAUGUCCUCCAUUCUGCCUAACUCCUUCUGUUAGUAUUUGUUAUAGAAAUCUGAGGCAAAGCUGAGCCAGAACUGAAGUGGCUCACAAAUGCCAAAAAAUUCCUGCAAAGCAUGGCAGCUGUAUUGAGUUGAGCUGGAUACAACUGAGGGCCCUUACCUGUGGGAAGAGCACAUCCCUUCAAAAGGAAUGUCAAAGGAAUUGUUAGUAAUUCCCAUGCACGACUGCUCCAUGAGACAGGACUGCUAAGACAGCUGCUUUCUCUGCAGCCAGAUGACAAAGGGACAGUCCCUGCAGAGAUCCAAACUUAAGACUGGGAGCCUUCCUGCCUCUACAGGAUCUAACCCAGCAGGAGCUAAGCAAGAGGCAGCUGUGAUCUCAAUGCUUCUCCAGUGAGAACCCAUUUCCCAGAUUAUGUGAGUAAUUGCCAUCUUGAUGAUCCCACUUCUAAAAGUUUCUUUUAUCUUAAAACAAUUAACAUGUAAAUCUGAUUUUUUUUUCCCAUGAGUCUUUUUCAAGUGGUAUGAAUUCCUAUAAAUCACUUAAAUAGGAAGCUCAGAAGUGUCAUCUGGAUUUUCUUGCCUUAGUCAUUCCCUUCU